AUGUCUUGUGUUUUUGUAGAAUCUUUUAGGAUGACUUGUUUACAAUUAAAAGCAUUCUUCAUUUUUCUAUCCAACAGAAUCUACCGUCUCGCCAUCUGUAGAGCACGAGUCGCCAUUUCAGGACCUACAUUGAAGAUCUCUGUCUAUGAAAACAGUUUAAAAAAUCGCGCAAAUAUGAAGGAAUACAGAAUACCAACGCUAGCUGUCAUCGAGGAAAUACCAGUUACAGAAAACUGCGAAAAUAAUCGCCUAGCUCCGUUUGUUGUACAGCCUGAGACUGAAGGAAAUAACUUUGAUGAAUCAAACAACAACACUGAUAAGACAGGUGAAACAUCAAAUAACGAUCUCCAUGGAAACAAUGACCUUGAUAAAUGUGAAAAAUGUGGUACAGAAAAUGGUAAUGAUCUGGGAACAUUAAAGGAAAAAGCUGCGAAACUAAAGCUGAAAACUCGGCGUUCUAGUUACGUCACGUGGGAAACGGAGAAAUUAGUUCGAUCGGGAGCGUUAUUUAAAGCCAGAAUACAACAGGAGGUUAUCAAAGAUCCACAAGAGGAUCAAAAACUUACUCCCGAACGUAAAGAUAAAAUAAACAACGACAUCGGCUGGAUCCGACGAGAACUGCAAGCCAUGCGGAUAUUGGAUCAGAGCCUCGCCAAAAAACUUCUGAAUUUACGCCACGAAAUGCAUUCCUUAAAACUUAAGUGGAGCUGUGAUGAUCACAAAGAGAUGAUGGAGGAAGUCACGUGUGAUUUGGAAGAGCGUCAGGUUCUUCAAGACGUUUGUGAUCAGCCCCUUGGCCCUGUGGAUAUCAAUCCGCUUAAACAACUCGGUGUAACGCGGAUGAAUUUAAGUGCGCGACGAUUUAGUACGUGUUGAGUGAAUACCACAGGAAUACACUUGGGAUGUUUGGAGACAAUAUUUGGUUAUAUGUGGUCACGGAAGUGCACAACAGUUCACUAAGUGCUGAUGGUGUCAACACAAUGCUGUCACAAGUGGGAAAUCUGUGACCACGUGACAAUUAUAGCGAUAUAACAGUAACGCCUACUAGUUAAUUAGCUGCACGAAUUAAUUGAACAUGUCACCAUGUGUCUGCUGUGAAUGUCUCCACUGACUCAGUCUCGGUAUAUUAGCAGUAUAUUGACUCACAUUUCCUUUCCUUAGUGUUAAUGUAUACAGUAAAAUAUAUUUACAGUGUAGUUCAACGAUAUAGAAUAGUUUAGUAUGAUUAAAUGGACUGACAGAUCGAACUGUCAGUGUUGAAAAACUUAUUUUAGGGUCAGUAAAUUAAGGAUGUCUUAAAAAACCAAAUGUACUGGAAAUAUACAACAUUAAUACAUGCAUUGCUAUGACAUUUACAGUCAUUAUAGAUGACAAAGAUGUUGCAGACAAACAUACUUGUAGUAUAUUGUGCUAAGUCUUAAAUAAAUAUGUUGAGUACUUAAGUGUGCCAAUUCUUGGUGUGUUGAGUACUAAAGUGA